GACUGGAGUUGAUGGGACCUGGGCUUGGUCCCGGCAGGUUGAUGGGGGCGGGGGCGUCUGGGUCUGGGUGUUUGGAGGGUUUUCUGGGCCACGUUUCAGAAAGGGGAUCAGGGGGAGGAGCCGUAGGUCCAGUGGGUGAGGUGCAGGGAGUGUCUCAGCCUGGAGCAGUUGGGAAACUGGGCCUGGUUCCCAAUGGGUGAAUUCAGGGGGGUCUGUCUGUCCCCGCUGCUCUCAGCCACCCGGCCCCUCUCCAAAUCUUGCAUUUGCCAUGAAUUACUAAUUCCACUGGGCCUGGGCAGUAUUUGCCCUGUAACGCCUGGUACCGGGCACCGUUCCCAGGGGGGUUGCCCUAUGGAACCCCAUUCGGACAGACUCGGUAAGGGGGGAGGGUCUGGGCUCACGGGGCAUCCUGGGAUGGGUUUGGGCAGCGCCCUCUGGUAGCGGUGCAGACUCUGAGCUAAUGACCCUGUGCAGGGGAGGGGCAGAAAUGAGCUGUUACAUUGCUAGCUGAACUCAGCAGCCUAUCCUGCCCCCGUGCUGCGCCCCACACCUCAGCACCGGGGGAAGGGUCCCUGUACACCUAGCCCUGUGCCUCAGAGCUGGCUGCAUCUUCUCAUGGCCCCAUAUAACGCCCUACACCAGAGGUGGCUGCAGCUUCUCAUGGCCCCAUAUUAUAAUGCCCCACCCCAGAAGUGGCUGCAUUUCAGCAGGGGAAAAGGUAUGUCUGUAUAGCCAGCCCCUGGGCCUCAGCCCAGAGGUUGUCACGUCUCAGCGCUGGGUGAGGGAUCCCUCUGCAACCAGCCCCCAUGCCCCACCCCAGAGGUGGCUGCAUCUGAGCAAUGAGAAAGGGAUCCCUGUAUAAUGAACUGCCAUGCCCCACCCCAGAGAGUAUGUGUCUCCGUGCUGGGCAAGGGAUUCCCACAUAACCAGCCCCCGUGCUCCACCCCAGAGGGGCUGCAUCUCCACACCCGGUGAUUUCUUGCUCACAUUUCUCUCUCCCACAGACGGGCUGUCCCAAGGCCGGUUCCCUCUGGCCCCUCCCUAUGCUGUGGUCUUGAUCUCCUGUUCGGGUCUCCUGGCCUUUGUCUUCCUCCUCCUCACCUGCCUGUGCUGCAAACGGGGCGAUGUCGGCUUCAAGGAGUUUGAGAACCCGGAUGGGGAGGAGUAUUCGGGGGAGUACACGCCACCCGCUGAGGAGACCUCAUCCUCCCAGUCCAUCCCAGAUGUCUACAUCCUGCCGCUCUCCGAGGUCUCCCUCCCUGCUACCAACCAGCAGAUGCCCAAGACAGACCUGGUGAAACACAUGGGCCUGAGCCGGCAGCACCUCAGCUACCUGCAGGAGAUCGGCAACGGCUGGUUUGGGAAGGUGAUCCUGGGGGAGAUCUUCUCCGACUUCACCCCAGCCCAGGUGGUGGUAAAGGAGCUCCGGGCCAGCGCCGGGCCCCUGGAGCAGAGGAAGUCUCUGGGGGUGACGAUCUGGGAGCUGUUUGAAUUCGGCAGCCAGCCCUACCGGCACCUGUCGGACGAAGAGGUUCUCGCCUUCGUCAUCAAGGAGCAGCAGAUGAAGCUGGCCAAGCCACGCCUGAAGCUGCCCUACUCUGAUUACUGUGCUGAAAGGCUGCUGCUGGUCACAUUCCAGUAUGAACCCUAUCAGAAAUCUCGGGAGGAGAGCAUGUUGUCUCAGGAAGAUGAAGUGCCAGAUACCAGGGGAGGGGUCGCCAUGCAGGGGGCCAACCAGGCACAGAGGUUGAAGAGCGCUGGGUAG